CUUUUAUCGCCCUAUUUAAGACAAACUGGCUUCUAUUUGCGUCUUGCUUCCAUCCCCUGCUUGUUCACCCUUUCUUGAAACUUUGUUACUCUCAUACAUGGCUCGCUCUGUGCCUUUCGUCUCAACCAUUUUUCUCUUGCUUCUGCUUCUGGUGGCCACUGAGAUGGGACCAGCAAUGGUGGCAGAAGCAAGAACCUGUGAGUCUCAAAGCCACCGCUUCAAGGGAGCAUGUUUGAGUGACACUAACUGUGGAUCUGUUUGUCGAACCGAACAUUUCAGUGGAGGACAUUGUCGUGGGUUCCGCCGCAGAUGCUUCUGCACCAAACAUUGUUAAAAUAAACUGACAGUGCUUUUUGGAAUAGAAGAUGAUAGAUCUAUCAUCUUUCUACUCAUAUCGUAAGCCUUAUGUUUGAGAAUAAGUUUACCCAUUCUGCCAUGGGUUUCUUUGCAUGUCUCUUGUUUCAUGUAA